CUGCAAUCAAGUUUAAGGCCAUUGCACAUGCCACAAUGCCUCUCGACACAAUCUACCUGACCCGUCAUGGCCAUCGCCUGAACUGGACAAUCGACUACAGAACCGGCACCUACCAUGCUCAAUUCCCAACACCAACCGGCAACCCCGCGGAUCCCACCCUCACCUCCCACGGUGUGCGCCAAUCGCACGAGCUCGCUGCGCAUCUUGCUAGCGACAGCUUCCGCCCGAAGCCCUUUCGCAUCUACUGCAGCCCGUUUUACCGAUGUCUCCAGACCAUCCAGCCCUCCGUGGAGGCGCUGAAGGAGCUCCAACAGAGGACAUACCCGGAGGAUCGUAGCUCUGCGACAACAGCGACAGCAGCAGCAGCUAGCGAAAGCGACAUCGAACCCCUCGCCGACUUGGACGUGCGCAUUGAGAACGGAUUGGGAGAAUGGUUCGGCCACACCACCUUCUUCGAACACCCCCAACCCGCCCCCCGAACCAUCCUAUCCACCCACUUCCCAACCCUUCUCCCUCUCCCCAGCCCAGUGGACAUCCCCUCUCCCUCUCCCUCCUCCUCCUCCUCCACCACCACCACCAACACCACCGUAAACCCCCCCGCAACAACCACCCAAACGGCAACGAGAACAACAACUACUACUACUACCACCCCGCACCUCCUCCCCUCCCCCACCGGCGAAACCAUCUCCCACCUCCACAACCGCGUCGCCACCACCCUCGCCGCCAUCAUCCGCGACGUCGACGCCGAGAUCGCCGCCCUGGAGGCCGCGCAACCGCCCCACGAGCCUCGCACCCGCAAAGCGCUCCUCAUCUGCUCGCACGCCGCGCCCCUGAUCGCCAUGGGCCGCGCGCUCACCGGCCAUAUGCCGGCGGAUCCCAAUACGGAGGACUUUUUGGUAUUCACGGCGGGGUUGAGUACUUUUCGUCGUCGAGCUGCUGCUGCUGCUGCUACCUCCAAUGAGGAAUCGGAGGAAUCACUGGCAUUAGCACCAGGGACAAAGGUCCUGCGUCCGGGCACGGAGGUCCCGAAUUGGCGCGGCGGGAAAGGUGUGGCUGGGGGCUGGGAUUGUGUGCGGAAUGGGGACUGUGGGUUCUUGAGUCAGGGGGCUGAGAGAGGCUGGCAUUUCAAUGGCGAGGAAGGUUUUGAUACUGGGCCGAUGGCGGCGGAGGAGGCGAGGCCGACGUCGAGUUUGGAUACGACGGUUGCGGACGGGGGAAUUGGGCGGGGGAUGAAGUUAUGA